AUGCACCUGAUAAAGGCACCAAUUGUUGCUGGAAGGGAGCCUGGUGCAACAGCAGAAGAGAGACAACUGGGGCUAGAGAGAUCUGCUGAACUUAGUAUGAAAGUAAACCAAUUUAUACUCAGAAGAACAAAUGCCUUGUUAUCAGAGCACCUACCACCAAAGGUAUUAGAGGUGGUUUGUUGCAAACUGACUCCUCUUCAAGUUUUGUUCUCUUCUUGUGAUGCUAAUAAAUAUCUUAUGCUUUACCAACUGGCACGGGUUAAAAGAGCCAUUGUUGAAGAUGUGAAACAAUCCAAAAUCUUGGCAUACAUUACAGCUCUUUAAAAUCUGUGCAAUCAUCCGAAGCUCAUUUUUGACACUAUUCGGAGUGGGGGUUCAGGUUCUGGGUUUGAGGACUGUUUGCAUCUUUACCCACCUGAGUUAUUCUCUGGGAGAUCUGGAUCAUGGACUGGUGGAGGUGGUAUCUGGGUAGAAUUGUCUGGAAAAAUGCAUGUCUUGGCAAUUCUUGUUUCAAACUACACCCAAACGUUGGAUCUUUUCGCUCAGUUGUGUCGUGAAAGAAGAUAUCCUUUCCUAAGGCUUGAUGGGUCCACUUCAAUAAGCAAAAGGCAAAAGCUCGUCAACCGAUUUAAUGACAUAUCAAAGGAUGAGUUUGUGUUUCUCUUAAGCAGCAAGGCUGGUGGAUGUGGACUUAAUUUGAUAGGUGGAAAUCGUUUGGUUCUUUUUGAUCCAGAUUGGAAUCCUGCCAAUGACAAACAGGCAGCUGCAAGGGUUUGGAGAGAUGGACAGAAGAAGCGAGUGUACAUAUACAGGUUCCUAACAGCAGGAACUAUUGAGGAAAAGGUCUAUCAACGUCAAAUGUCGAAAGAAGGCCUUCAGAAAGUAAUUCAACAAGAGCAAUUGGAAAACCUUGGACUGCAGGCUAAUCUUAUUUCUACAGAAGACUUGAGGGAUCUUUUCACCUUGCAUGCUAACAUAAGGUCGGAAAUUCAUGAAACUAUGAACUGCGCACGCUGCAAUACCAACUAUAUGCAAGUCGAAGAUGGCAUAAAAAGUCUGACACAGUAUGUAUUUGAAAGAAGGGUGGCAGAAGAUGAAUGUCACACUGAUCAGCCGGAUGCUGAUAUUGGUGGAUUUGCAAAGAUUGCUGGAUGCCUUGAAGAGUUGAAAAAUUCAGAGAAGCAACUGGGAAGACCUCUUGAGGAGGACUUAGCAAGCUGGGGGCAUGAUUCCUCUUCAACUACUGUUCCUGACGUGAUUCUUCAAGCUUCAGCUGGUGAAGAGCUUUUAUAG